UUGGUCUUAUAUAUCAAGAAAUUAAAUGAGAAGCUUUUCUUAGUAAAAGAAUUGUAUGUUUUGCAGGUUGUGUUUCCAAAUCAAGAGAAACUAAAUUUGUCCAGGAUUAAAAUAAACCAGUUAUGGAUAACAUCUUCUUAUGUUGUGACUUCUCAAGAAAGCUUGAAUUUCAGAAAGCUUAAUUGUCUACAAAUUUCUUAUUGUAGCAGCUUAGAAUAUCUUUUUACCCCUUCCAUGGUAUCAAGUCUUGUGCAACUCGAGGACUUAUCUGUAUCAUCCUGUCAAGAUUUGAAACAAGUGAUUAUGGUAGAAGGAGUUGAGGAGGAAGUGAACACAGAGUUGAUAUUCCCACGGCUAAACUCCAUUUCGCUAUGUUAUUGUGACAAGUUGUCAAGUUUCUAUGCUGGAAGUUAUGCACUCAAGUUCCAAUCGGCCAUAAAAAUUACCAUAGUAUAUUGUCCAAACAUGAUUACAUUUGCUUCUACAUUUUCAACAGAGCAAGAGAAAGAGACAGCUUAUCGAGGAACUGAGGGAUGCCUUAAAAAGAAAGAACCUGAUAUCCAUAGUCAAACUAUAUUCUUUGAUACGGUUGACAUUUCUCUCUUGGAUGACUUGGAUCUGGACUCCAUUUGUGUACAGCAAAUAUGGCACAGCCAAAUUACAUUAAUGUCCUCAUUUGUUCAAAACUUGAGGAAAUUGAUUCUGCUGGCUUGUCAUAAUUUGAAAUAUCUCUUCACAUCAUUGAUGGUUAAAAGUUUUGAGCAACUUGAAGUACUCAACAUUAGAGGAUGUAAGGAGAUGGAAGUGGUAAUACUGAUAGAAGAACUGGUAGAAAAAGAAAAGACAAGCCAGACAAUGUUUCCCAAAUUAGACGACUUAAAGCUCCAUGACCUUCCGCAACUCAUAAGAUUUUGCUCCAAUUGCAAUUCUCUUGGAGAAAUAUAUGAAGCUCAAGGACUCAAUGGUAGUGGAUCGCAAGUAGUUGCGGCCACACAAUCAAAUUUGGUGGAAACAGAAGUCACUCAGCUUGUAUUUCCUCAAGUAACAAACUUGGAACUUCGUCAUCUACCCAAUUUCAAGGGUUUCUUCCCUCAAAUCCACAUCACAAAAUGGCCAUUGUUGAAAAGAAUGCUUGCGUUAGGAUGUGACAAGGUGAAGACAUUUGCUUCAGAAUUUCCAAGCAUUGAAAUAACAUAUGGAGACAACCAACUUGAAAGGCAAACUCAAGAUCCGAUGUUUUGGAUUGGCAAGGUACGACACCAAAUGGGAAAAAAUAAUUGCAUGUAGCUUAUACAAAUCAUUUUUUUCUUAAAUUCAAGUAGGAAGAAGUAGGAAAACUAAAUCAAAAUAAAAUCAAUCAAGGCUU